CACUCUUCACUCUUCAGUCUUCACUUCACCUAACAAUGGCAAACCCUCCCAUUUUCCUCUUCCUUACUAUCUUCAUUGCCACACUUCUGUGUUGUUGUUCUUCUUUUGAAGAAGAAAAGAGAACAACAUUCAUAGUCCAAGUCAACCACAACCUGAAGCCUUCCCUUUUCCCAACCCACACUCACUGGUACCAAUCCACACUCUCUUCACUACUCUCAACCAAAACUACAAAUGGAACAACAUCCAAACACGCCCUUAACAACAAUAACCCCAUUCUCCACACAUACGACACCGUUUUCCACGGCUUCUCAACAAGACUCUCACCUUCAGAAGCAAAGAAGCUCCAGACACUCCCUCACGUGACAGCACUCAUCCCUGAACAAGUUCGUCACGUGCACACCACGCGCUCUCCUCAUUUUCUCGGCCUUCAAACCGCCGCUAAGACCGGCUUGCUCCGGGACACCGAUUUCGGCUCUGAUCUCGUCAUAGGAGUUAUCGACACCGGAAUCUGGCCGGAGAGGCAGAGCUUCAACGACCGCGACCUAGGUCCCGUUCCCGCCAAAUGGAAAGGACGCUGUGUUGCUGGAAAAGAUUUUCCGGCAACCUCAUGCAACCGGAAACUCAUCGGCGCAAGGUUUUUUUCCGCCGGAUACGAGGCUACCAACGGGAAGAUGAACGAGACAUCGGAGUACCGGUCGCCGAGGGACUCAGAUGGCCACGGCACGCACACGGCGUCAAUCGCCGCCGGAAGGUACGUUUCUCCAGCUUCGACUCUCGGUUACGCGGCUGGUGUCGCCGCCGGCAUGGCUCCGAAAGCCAGGCUCGCGGUUUAUAAGGUGUGCUGGACCGGCGGAUGCUAUGACUCCGACAUCCUCGCCGCCUUCGACGCCGCCGUCUCGGACGGCGUCGAUGUAGCGUCGCUCAGCGUCGGUGGCGUCGUGGUGCCGUACCACCUCGAUGUCAUUGCCAUUGGAGCGUACGGCGCCGCAUCAGCUGGUGUUUUUGUCUCGGCUUCCGCCGGAAACGGCGGUCCCGGUGGCCUCACCGUUACAAAUGUCGCCCCCUGGGUGACAACUGUUGGUGCCGGAACAAUUGACCGGGAUUUCCCCGCUCAUGUGAAGCUUGGAAAUGGUAGGGUUAUAGCUGGUGCUAGUCUUUAUGGUGGUCCGGGUUUAAUUCCGGGUCGGAUGUACCCGGUUGUGUAUGCUGGAUCCGAAUUAAGUGGCGGUGGAAGUACCGGUGGUGGUGAUGGUUAUUCGGCUUCACUUUGUUUGGAAGGUUCCUUGGAUCCCAAGUUAGUGAAGGGGAAAAUUGUUGUUUGUGAUAGAGGGAUUAGUUCUAGAGCUGCUAAGGGUGAUGUUGUGAAGAAAUCCGGCGGAAUUGGCAUGAUUUUGGCCAAUGGGAUAUUUGAUGGUGAAGGUUUGGUGGCUGAUUGCCAUGUACUCCCUGCUACGGCCGUUGGAGCGAUCGGAGGCGAUGAGAUCAGGAGGUACAUUGCAACUGCGGCGAAGUCCAAUCACACUUCGCCACCAACUGCAACUAUUAUGUUCAAAGGUACUAGGCUUGGUGUUAGGCCAGCACCUGUAGUGGCAUCAUUCUCAGCUAGAGGGCCUAACCCCGUAUCAACAGAGAUUUUGAAGCCUGAUGUGAUUGCCCCUGGGUUGAACAUCCUUGCUGCGUGGCCGGAUCGGGUUGGCCCCUCUGGCGUCCCAUCGGAUAAGCGCAAAACCGAGUUUAAUAUACUCUCUGGAACCUCGAUGGCUUGUCCUCAUGUUUCUGGAUUGGCAGCAUUGUUGAAAGCUGCGCAUCCGGAUUGGAGUCCGGCUGCUAUUAGGUCUGCAUUGAUGACCACUGCUUAUGUUGUGGACAAUAGGGGUCAUGCCAUGUUGGAUGAGUCCACUGGGAAUGUUUCCUCAGUGUUUGAUUAUGGUGCUGGCCAUGUUCAUCCUGAGAAGGCCAUUGACCCUGGUUUGGUCUAUGACAUUUCGGAUUCCGAUUAUGUGAACUUCUUGUGCAAUUCAAAUUACACCACUGACACUAUCCAAGUGAUCACAAGGAAGAAAGCAGAUUGCAGCGGUGCGAAGAAAGCCGGACACGCCGGGAACUUGAACUAUGCUUCAAUGUCAGCAGUGUUCCAGCAAUAUGGCAAGAAGAAAAUGUCCACGCACUUCAUUAGAUCCGUGACCAAUGUCGGCGAGGCGAACUCAGUCUACAAGGUCACCAUUAAGCCACCGGUCGGGAUGAAGGUUACAGUGGAGCCUCAGACCCUGUCCUUCAGGAGGGUGGGUCAGAAGCUGAACUUCCUUGUUAGGGUGCAAGCUAGAGCAGUGAAGCUUUCUCCUGGAGGCUCAAGUAUAAAGAGUGGUUCCAUAGUUUGGUCUGAUGGCAAACACACUGUCACAAGUCCCUUGGUUGUGACAAUGCAACAGCCUCUUGAUUAUUAGUGUUGGAGGUUUUUUGUAUGUAGAAAUUUUGUGCCUUCUACCCAUCUUAGAGAGAUUUUAUAUAAAAAUCUAGCUCUAUAUAUAUAAAUAUAUGUAUGAUAGAGAAAAUGUUUGGUUUUCUGAAGUUUUUAGUUUUCAUAUUCCUAAGAACUGAUGCAGGGUUGAUUGUAAGAAAUUAAGAAAAAAAAAGGUAUGGAGGUAUUAGUAAGACAUAAAGGUAUUGAAGUAUAUUUUCCCUGUUGUAAAAUUAAGGAUGUUGCUUGUAUAAAAUGAAGUGUUAAGAACA